CACGCAUACAUGCACUCACGCUCUCAAUCAAAAGUGCAUUCAUGUGCUGACACAGAUUCUCACGAAGCUCAACUCGCACUCCCUGUCGAAAGAUUUCACUGACAUGAGAUCAUCGCCGUAUUUCCCAGCGCGAUCUGUGCUGUUCCGUAAGGAGGCCAAUGGAGUGACGUACCGUGUCCCUGCCCUGCUCUACCUGUCCCGCUCCAACUCCUUCCUGGCCUUCUGUGAGGAGAGACUCAGCCCCUCAGACGCCCAGGCUCAUCUGCUGGUCAUGCGCAAGGGCACAUUCUACAGGAACUAUGUGGAGUGGGAGGACAUGCGUGUUCUGGGCACGGCUCAGUUGACAGGCCACCGGUCGAUGAACCCGUGCCCGCUGUAUGACGAGUUCACAGGCACCCUCUUCCUGUUCUUCAUCGCUGUGCUGGGCCACACCUCCGAGUCCUACCAGCUGGUGACGGGUAAGAAUGUAACGCGCCUCUGCUUCAUCUCCAGUAACGACCAGGGCAACACAUGGAGCCCUGCCACCGACCUCACCAAGAGGGUCAUAGGAGACACCAUCAAAGACUGGGCCACCUUCGCCCUGGGCCCGGGACACGGCAUCCAGCUCAAGUCAGGCCGUCUGCUGAUGCCAGCAUAUGCCUACCAUAUCGACUGCAAGGAGUGCUUCGGCCAGAUGUGCCUGACCACGCCCCACGCUUUCUGUUUCCAUAGCGACACCCACGGGCGGACGUGGCGCUUUGGAGAGGCGGUGCCAGGGCCAGAGAGCGUGGAAUGCCAGAUGGUGUCUGUGGAUCAGGAGGAUGGGACCAACGUGCUGUACUGUAAUGCUCGGAGCCCCCUGGGCUGCAGGGUUCAGGCCCUCAGUCUGGAUGACGGAGCUGUCUUCCAGGAUGGACAGCUGGUUCAGCGGCUCACAGAGCCCCGUAAUGGCUGCCACGGUAGUGUAGUGGGGUUCCCUGCCCCCCUACACCUCAACCUCCGCCCUCGGCCACCAACCCGCGCCAGACACUGGACAUCCUUCGCGGCUAAGUCUGGUGACUCCUCCCCACCCACCACCACUGCCACUCCCCCUCCCAGCUCCCCACAGAAUUUCCUUACACCCACCUGGGUGGUGUACUCCCACCCGACGUGGACCAACGUGCGGAAGGACCUGGGGGUGUACCUCAGCCUGUUCCCCCGUGACCCGGACAGCUGGUCUGGCCCGUGGGUGAUCUACGAGGGCCCCAGUGCCUACUCUGACCUGGCCUACCUGGAGCUACCCUCAGCUGGGGCCCCGUCGGCCGUGGCCUUCGCGUGUCUGUUUGAGUGUGGCACCAGCACGGCUUAUGAUGAGAUCUCCUUCAGCAUCUUCACCCUCUACGAGCUCAUUGACAACCUGCCCCGCAGCACAAAGUCAGCCAGGAAAACACAGCCACCCAGCAACACACAGCCACCUAGCAACACACAGCCACCCAGCAACACACAGCCACCCAGCAACACACAGCCACCCAGCAACACACAGCCACCUAGCAACACACAGCCACCCAGCAACACACAGCCACCCAGCAACACACAGCCACCUAGCAACACACAGCCACCUAGCAACACACAGCCACCUAGCAACACACAGACCUUCCACAAUACAACACAACCCAGGGAAGAAAGACCAGCAGCGAGGAGGAUGAGGAAGAUGUGUGGUCUUUGCAAUGUUUCGUAA